GUCGCACCACGCGACUCGGGAUCAGUUCGGAGUUGAUUUCGAUCGUGAUCGUACUACUCUACUGUGGCUUCUUGUUUUAGUGCAACGUGCUGAUUUGUGAGUGCUUUUAAUUGUGUUACCAAGAGAUUUAUUAUUUGUGAAAAGUGUGAUCACUUUGACCCGUUCAAGCGGUGAAAAAUAUUUGUGCAGUUUAUAGCUACUGAUUGUAAGUUAUCACCCGGGUGUAUCAACAACAUGUAUGGACAACAUCAGGAACCAGACGGGCCAACCCUGAAGAAAGGUGGAUCCUACAUCAUGGAAGGACACGAAUCGGCGGAAGCCAAGAAUGUUAGUAUUCUGUUUUCACCCCUUCAGGAGGAGGCCGGAGCACUGGCCAAGAUGCUGAAGAUCUUCGACGAGCAUCGAGUUAACCUGGUGCACAUCGAGUCGCGAUCGUCAACCCGCGGACCGGGAUACGAGUUUAUGGUCGAGUGCGACAGCAAAAGCAAAAAUCUGAGCGCCGCCAUUGAGGCGGUCCGGGGAAAAAGCGACUACUUCAACAUCAUUUCGCGGGACUAUAAAGACAAUGCUGCUGCCGUUCCCUGGUUCCCGCGCCGAAUUCGUGACUUGGAUCGAUUCGCCAACCAAAUCCUCUCGUACGGUGCCGAACUGGACUCCGACCAUCCGGGAUUCACGGACCCGACCUACCGCGAGCGUCGAAAAUAUUUUGCCGAUAUCGCCUUCAACUACAAGCACGGUCAACCGCUGCCGCAUGUCGAUUACACAGAGCAGGAGAUCAACACCUGGAGGGAAGUCUUCAACAAUCUAACCAAACUCUAUCCUACCCACGCAUGCCGGGAGCACAACCACGUUUUCCCGCUGCUAAUCGAUAACUGCGGCUACAGGGAGGACAACAUCCCCCAACUGGAAGAUGUGUCAAAUUUCCUGCGAGAUUGCACCGGGUUUACUUUGCGCCCGGUUGCGGGUCUCCUAUCGUCUCGUGAUUUCCUCGCCGGAUUAGCAUUUCGAGUUUUCCACUCCACCCAGUACAUCCGCCACCCGAGUAAGCCCCUCUACACCCCUGAGCCUGAUGUAUGCCACGAGUUGCUCGGUCACGCACCUCUAUUUGCCGAUCCUUCGUUUGCACAGUUUUCGCAAGAAAUUGGAUUAGCUUCGCUCGGUGCACCGGAUGAGUUUGUGGAGAAAUUAGCUACGUGCUUCUGGUUUACGGUCGAGUACGGAUUGUGCCGUCAGAAUGGCGAACUCAAGGCGUACGGUGCCGGUCUGCUGUCGUCCUUCGGGGAGCUGCAGUACUGCCUCACCGACAAACCGGAGCUGCGGGAGUUCGACCCGAUCAAGACGGGCGAGCAGAAGUAUCCGAUCACCGAAUAUCAGCCGGUUUACUUCGUGUCCAAUUGCUUCGAUGAAGCCAUCCAGAAGAUGGUCCAGUUUGCGAACACCAUCCCGCGCCCGUUCGGGGUUCGGUACAACGCGUACACCCAGAGUGUUGAGAUCCUGGACUCGAAGCCCCAGAUCGCGAAUAUGCUGCGCAAUAUUCAUGGGGAGUUCGAAAUAUUGCAGAAUGCUUUUAAGAAGUUGUAAUUUUUGUUAGUUUUAAGUCAUUUUUUUUGUAGAUAAGUGAACAAAUUGAUUUUGAUUAUGAAUAUCAGAAGGAUGUACCCAAAAGCAGAAGAAAUUAUCUCCACCAGUGAGACGAAACAACGCACAAGACUGUAAACAAUGUACUCAAAGAAGAUUGUGUUUUUUAAGUGAAUAAAGUACGAUUAUUUUAACCGACGUUAAAA